AUGAUUGUCAACCGUACUGAUGUGGCAUAUCCCUUGCUGGAGUUGAACGCCAAAAGUAAAGAAGACGGAGAAGAGAAAGAAGAAGAGAUCGUAAGUAGUUUCAGAGAAGAGCUCGAUGAGAUAGGUAUGAUCGAUCGGUUGCUUCGUGACGUAUUGCGGGUGGAGAAAUCUAAAGAAGAAGAGAAAACAGAGGAGAAGAAACCGGCGGAGGAAUCUAAAGAAGAAGAGAAAACAAAGGAGAAGAAGGAAGAAGAGACACAAGAAGAAGCCGUCAAGACAGAGGAGAAACCAUCAGAACCCGCGGCCGCGGCUCCGGCUGAGACCAAGCCGGAGGAGAAAGAAGCUGUGCCAGUAACCACCGAGAAAGCCUCUGGUGCUGAAGAAGACGGAACCAAGACCGUGGAAGCAAUCGAAGAGUCAAUCGUCUCCGUCACUCCUCAAGAAUCCGCCGCCCCGGUCGUCGUAGAGACCACCGUCGUUGCUGAGGCGGAGCCUGUGGAGCCAGAGGAAGUCUCCAUCUAUGGAGUUCCUCUCCUCCAAGACGAGAGAUCCGACGUGAUCCUCCUGAAGUUCCUCCGCGCGAGAGACUUCAAGGUCAAGGAAGCCUUGACGAUGCUGAAAAACACAGUCCAGUGGCGCAAGGAAAACAAAAUCGACGAGCUCGUCGAAGCCGCGGGAGAAGAGGCCAGCGAGUUCGAGAAGAUGGUGUUCGCUCACGGCGUGGACAAGGAAGGUCACGUCGUGAUCUACAGCUCCUACGGGGAGUUUCAGAACAAGGAGCUAUUCUCCGACAAGGAGAAACUCAACAAGUUCCUUAACUGGAGGAUUCAGCUUCAAGAGAAGUGUGUGAGGGCUCUUGAUUUCAGCAGCCCUGACGCUAAAUCUUCGUUCGUGUUCGUCAAUGACUUCAGGAACGCUCCUGGACUCGGCAAGAGAGCCUUAUGGCAGUUCAUCAGACGUGCGGUCAAGCAGUUCGAAGACAACUAUCCCGAGUUCGCCACUAGAGAGGUAUGUAAUAGUUGCAUGCAGUGUUUUCAUUACAUAUCACUGGAGAGCUUGGUGGCGGGAGUUCCGGUGGUUGCGUUUCCGCAGUGGACUGAUCAGAUGACGAACGCGAAGCUUUUAGAGGAGUAUUGGAGGAUAGGUGUGAGGGUGGUGGUGGAAAAGAAGGAAGGGGAAGCAGCUGUGGUGGAGAGCGGGGAGAUACGGCGGUGCAUUAAGGAAGUGAUGGAGGAGAAGAAGGGGGAGGAGUAUAGAAAAAACGCGGCGAGGUGGAGAGAUUUAGCGGCAGAGACGGUGAGAGAAGGAGGAUCAUCGUUUAAUCAUCUCAGAGCUUUUGCAGAUGAGCACAUGUGA